GAAGGCGAACGCAACAAACGAGCCGAGCUCCCAGACAAUCUUCCGUUACCUGAUGACCCGGAGAGGGCCGCUAUAAAUCCACCAACUAGCCGAAGAAGUCCUCAGUAUAUUGUUGAUUAGUAGUGUGCAAGUUCAUAGCAGUGAGAGUCCAGUUUUAUCCCACAUUACAACAAACAGAUUAAUGCAUACACACGGACUUACGUAACACGUCUCGAAGCAUAACCAACAGCGAGAACCAGACAAUAAUCAACAUCAUCGAUCCAGAUUGAUUCCCAGAAAGAAUAACAACAAAAAAGCAGACAAAAGCAAUUAUGAGCUGGUUCAUAAUCCUGCUGAUCGCAGGAUGUUGGGCCUACCCGGCGCAGGAUCCGUUGGAAGUUGAUGGACCGGCUUCCAGGAAAAUCUUAGGCUCAAGCGUUGUUACUUCGGUUUCUGUGAUAAUGGAUGGAGCCUUGACGCAUUUUUCCGAUGCUGUUGGUAAACCAGUAUCGAGGCCAGCUUCCAGCGCUCAAGUGGCCAGUCCCAUCAACCUAUUGAAUCCUGAUAGGUACGAGUUCUACACGUUCGAUGAUAGCGGUGAUCUGGUGAAGCGUCUGAUGACUCUUGAAGAGAUUCACGGCAUCAUAGCUAACGGCGAUGGAGAAGGCUUCACUUAUAGCACAAAUUACAACUCUCCCGAGAAGAAUGUCAACGAUGUUGUUAGCAACGUACAAAACGUUCUUAAGAGCGAAAUGGAAGUUCACAAGAAUUUAACAAACGUGGCUUUGGAUACUCCUGAUGUUUCUUCCAAUUGGAGUUCGAUUUUAUCCACUAUCUUCGGUGGUCCCAACGAGCAGAACAAUCCUCAAAACUCCAUGACCGCGGAAACUAUCUUACUCGAAACCAGUUCUCCUCCAGCUCCGAUUGUUAAGAAACCAACUCCGUUUAAAACCAGCAAAGUCCCACAAACAACAACCAGCAAAAUCACAGAAGUAACAACGAAAAUGACAGAAUCAACUACAAAGAAAGAUGAAGAAACUACAAUGAAACAGAACAUUGAAGAAAGCACUUCCGCCAAUCAAGAGGAUAUGAGCACCACAGCCGAUCAAGAGGAUUUAACACCGUACCCCAUCAAAUUGGAGACUUUACCAACAAAGCAAUUCGAGGUUGAAGAAGUGCUUAAAACCACAUCUACAGAAAGGAUAGAAGUACCUGUCAUCACCGUGUCGAUUAUUUCCAACGCGAAUCCUCCUCCAGCUGAGAGCCAGAAGGAAUCCACGGAAGGUUCGCCUGUCAUUAGUAUCAGACCAACAACGAGAAGGCCUUCCACGCAAUCGCUCCUAAAUACGACGCCGGUGUUUAAAAAUAAUUUGCAGAAAGUGUCGACCAUUAAAAAACCAUCAUCCGUCAAACCAUCAACGCUGAAGCCGACGAUGAUGUCUUCGACUGUAAGAAGACCAAUUAGCUCGACGACUCGCACAACCUUAGCACCGAAAAUCGCCGCGACAAGAGCCACAACAAUUAAACCAAUUAAAUUGCAAUCAAGCGCUUCCGAGCAAAUUACUAUUUCCACAACUGAAUUACCUAAAACUGAAAAAACUACUAAAAGAACAACAACUACGACUACUACAACUACACAAGCUCCAACAACCACUACUACUACAACUACAACAGUAGCUCCAACCACUACCACAACAACAACUACAACCACAGAAGCUCCAACAACAAUUAAGCAAACAACAAUGAGACCAACGACUGCUGUCCCGAUUAAACGCAGUACUGCUGCCACAACAACCAUGAAGCCAACAACUGCUGUCCCAAUGAAACGUGUUACUGUUCCUUCAACAACUAUGAAGCAAACGCCGACGACGAUCAAAGAAAGCACAAUGGCUUCAACGACGUUCAAACAAACUGAGUCUUCUCUAUCAACUAAAGAGAAUAUAGUUGCCUCUACAAUAAUGAAACAAGCAACAACAAUGAAGCAAACUGAAUCGUCUCCAACUAAAGAAGCUGUUGUAUCUAUGACAAUGAUUAAAGAAAAAUUGGCAAUUCCUACUACCGAGAUUCCAACAACAGUGAAUAAGAAUACAGAGAAAAACACGGAAUUCGAGAGCCAUCCUACGCACUUUAUCCAAAUCUUUGAACUUCCACCAACCACAAUUAGGAACGACGUAGUUAAGGAACAACAAAUUCAAAAGAACGAAGCUGUGGAAUCUCUCAAACAAACUGAUUUGCUCAGCAGUAUUUACCUGAUCGAUCACAAGACUAACACUAAAAUACCUAUUACUACUAAGGAGCAAUUGACAACGUUGUUGGAUAGACUUCCAUCGGAAAGCACUACUGAAAUUCAAAGGAAUAAAUUGAGCACCAAUGCCAUGCAAUUAAUUAAGCUGAGCACGACGGAGAAAGAUGUCGGAACGACUAAAGAGAACAUGGAAAUUACUUCAACCGAAGAAUACGAACCUACCACAUAUGGUAAACCAACGGAGAUUGAUAAGAUCUUGGACCAGCUGCUCUUAACAUCCACUAACAUCUACGAUAUUAAUACGGAAUUCGCAAGCAUGUCCAGCGAAGAGACCACGGAGAAUUUGAUCGCCGAUAGCACAAAUUACGCGAAUCAAAACGACCAGACCAGCACAAUGGAGAUUCCCACGACAAACAUAAUCGCCGCCAGCAUAGAGCAAUUAUUCCAACAAGCCGUCGGUAUUCUUCCUAACAACAGUGAAAUCGUCACUUACGAGACGACGACAGACGCGGGAACAUCGACUACAAUGGAAAACUUGUCGACGACAACCGAAGACAUUCCAACGUCCACAAUUAUCGAAGACGAUAAUUCAAUUAGGGAAGCGUUAAAGGAUGCCGCUGAAUCUUCGAUCUCUGAAGUCGUUAACUUAGAAAGACAAGAGUUUACAACAACCGAAGAAAUUCCAACUACCACUGAGAUUAUGAACGAUAUUUCGACUACCCCUGAGAUCAAAGAAACCACAGAACUCGACUUUACUACCACUGAAUUUAGCAAUGUAGCAUUAAAUUCAACAGAAGCGGAAUUGGAAGAGGAAUUCUUGAAUACAGAAGCUUCUAGCCAAGUCGAAUUGACAACUGAACGUUUGGAAAUGACGACUGAAAAUAAUUUAGAAACGAGCACAAUGUCUCAACCUUUAACUACUCAGGCUUUGGCACAGGUUAUUAAGCAAGUUACGGACAGCAAUCCGAAAAGACGCACAACGAUCUUGGCUAUAAUAACCGAACACUCGCAACCUCCAAUCUUGAAGAUUAACAAGAAAGAAGAUGAUGUUGUGAGCUCGAGCAGCUGGAGUUUGGUUCCAACUUUGAAUCCUCAUAACAAGGAAAGCGUGGCGCAAUCCGAGAACAAACCGCAGAUUCACGUGCAGCCUGCUAAGCCUGUGAAUUUGGUGCCGCAAUUGGGAUUAGGUUUGGAAGCGAGCACCAAGAGUCAGGAUGUUGACAUCAAUCAAUUCGUUGCGUUGUGCAAUGAAUUAGCGUUCGGUUUCUGGAAUUCCGUGACGAAUGGCAUUAGUGCUGCGAGAAGCGCAUUUAUUUCGCCAUUUGCUGCAACGUCUCUUCUGGCCAUGGUUUUCUUGGGAGCACGCGGAGCCACUUCUGGAGAGAUGAACGAAAUCUUGAAGUUAGAUGAUAUGGUCACGUUCAAUCCACAUUUGAUUUUCAAGAAUGUAACUGAAUCUAUUGAAUCAAGCGAUAAAACCGGAGUGGCUACUUCGAUUAUUCUAAGGGAGUUGUACAGCGAUAAAAGUAAAGGAAAUUUGUUGAAUUUCUACAAGGAGAGGGCGAGGCAAUUCUACGAUGGACACGUGGAGGAAGUCAGUUUUAAGGAAGUUGGAGAUAUCAUCAGAAAACGGACAAAUAUGAUGGUUAAGAGACAAACUCAAGGAAAGAUCGGGGAGUACAUGAAAGAUGCAUCGAUUAAAGUUAAAGCUCCAUUGGCUGGAGUCAGUGUGAGCGUGUUUCAGACGGAUUGCGCUCAAGCUUCAACCGACGGAAGAGAUGGUGAAUUACACUUUGUCGUUCUUCCAUCGAUUAGGCAAAGGAGACUUGUUCCAGUUCCAGCAGCUGUUUGGAGGAAAGGAUUCCUGGCAGGUUACGAGCCCAGCUUAGAUGCAACAGCCGUUUCUAUAGGUUCCAACGAUCAAAUUGUCAGCACGAUCUUCGUUAUUCCGGGACAACAAGGAAUUGCCGCUCCAGGCGAUGGUUUGGCACGUUUGGAAAGACACCUGAUGACUUCAGCGUUCAAGGACGGCUCUUGGUCGAGAUUGCUGCGCUCCUUGAUACCUAGACCUGGUUUGGAAGUGCAGAUUCCGCGUUUCUCGCACCGUUCUAUCAUCAACGCCACGGUGGCUCUGCAAAAUAUGGGCAUGAAGGAUCUCUUCGACUCAAGCAAAGCAGAUUUGCGCGGUUUGAACGGAGUCGCCAACGAUCUGUAUUUAUCCGACAUCCUACAAGUUAACCAGUUCGCCACCUGUGGAGAAGGAGGAAUCGGCGAGUUCCAUCACUCCGAGAUUUACCCAGCGACGGCGAAUCGAACGUACAGAAGGUCAAGGAAGUUCAAGGACGUCCUGCAGCCUGAAGAGGCUCUCUACGACUCCGAAUUCUUGGAGGAACCGAGAGAUUAUCAAAGGGCUUUCCAUGAUCCACUCCACGAUCCCAGCCUGUUCUCACUCCCGCUGCCUUUAAGGCCCAGACAGGCUCGUCUCCCUGAAGCACCGCGACUAAGAUUCGACCGACCCUUCCUCUACUUUGUAAGGCACAAUCCCACAGGAUUAAUACUUCACAUGGGCAGAUUUAAUCCGAGAUUAUUGCCCUGAACAGUGCAAACGAACGAACCACCUUUCCUUUCCCCCUUUUGUAUAUAUCUGAAUUAGGUUUAAACUGAAGAAAAAGGCUUAAAGUAUUAAUUUUUAAUGAUAUUGUUUUCUUUUUCUCUCUCUGUACGUAUUUUAUUUAUUAUUACACAUUUUAAUUUGCGCAAGGAUAAUUGAUUUGUGUGAGGCCAAAACGAAUAAAGGUGACAAAAUAUAUUAUGAGGACGAUGUGAAGUGAAGGAAAAACGCAUGUAAUAUUACAUCCCAUAACAUCAGAACCCAUGUUAUUUGAUGCAAUAUCCAUCCAUUUUGUAUUUGACUUAAGGUUAAUUCUAUUUAUGUGUUGAGGUAGAUAUAUGUGUGCA